CCAGCAACGAAGCUGUGGAUGCUGGGGUUGGGUGGGGCGUCAGUACUCUGCUCUACAAUGAACUGGAAACCAUAUCUGCGGUUGCGGCUGGUGCCAUAUAUCACACGGGACAAGCAGUUUUGGCGGCUAGCAACGUCUUUGGCGGCGUUCCCAAACUCAACGGAAGUGAUGGCCUCGAUGAUGCUGCUGUACCAGCUGCGUAGCGUCGAGCGGCUGUUUGGGACGCUAAAGUUUGCGUCGUUUUUAUUUGUGACAGCGCUGGUGGGGCAGACGCUGCAGGUAGUGUUGCUAUUUUUGCUGGCGAUGCGGACCACUGGGCAGCGAUUCAAUAUUGUGGCGGCGGGACCGUAUUCAUUGAUUUUCGCUGUUUUGUAUCAGUUCCAUGUGCUUGUUCCGGCAAAGUACCGGAUCCGAGUGUUUGGAAUGGAGCUGAGCGACAAAUGGACGGUGUAUGCGGUGGCGCUGCAUCUGUUUGUGCUGCGGCUGCCGCAGACUGUGGUACCGGCGCUGGCGGGAGUGCUGGCGAGCAUGGUAUAUAGCGCCGACAUUGGCGGGCUGAAGCGCUGGCGGUUCCCGCAGUGGAUGAGCAGCAUGGCAAGAAGAUGGGUGCUGCCGGUGGUGACGUCAGCACAGCCUACAGGCAACCGCGGGCAAGGCACGGUGCCGGUGGUUCGCCGGAGC